AUCAUCGAGCAGCUGCCCUCCCUUGGCCAUCCUUGGCAUGGCGCGGCGCCAUGUAUCAAGCAGCUGCAUUUCUGAGCGGGGCAUGGCUUCAGAACAAAUGCAGCAGCUGCCAGUUGCCGCAGGUGCGCCGUGCAGUGGACAAGCGCCAAAGCAUGCGCUUGUCCGUGCGAUUGCUCGGGGCGUCGACGCCACACUUGGAAUCAGGUGGGCUCCUCUGGCGUCAGCUUCCGUUGGUCGAAGUGACGCUGGGAAACGUGACCAAGGAGAGCGAGGUGGCCCACCAUGCCCCUCAGGUGUUGCAGGCUGCAUCCUGUGCACCUAAGGCAUUGCAGGACUGUCACUGGCAUUUUGGUGACACCAUGGUUUUCGCGGUGCAUCAGCCGGACGUGGACAGCAACCUGAGUUUGCGCUUGCUCGCGAAGAAGGAUUGGCACCUGGGAUUUCUGCAGCUGGACCUACAGCAGCCUCUGCAGCUGGGGCAUUGUGCCCUAGAUCUGAGGCGAAAGGUGCUGCCCAUGUGUUCCAAGCGUGGAGCCGCUCCGGCAACGGAUUCCGCCACGGCCACGUUGAAGGGUGAAGCCGGCGAAGCCGGCAAGGAGCUUACGGAGGAUGCUGAGGUCUCUGAACUCUGGCAGUCGGAGGAGGUGGCGCUGCCAUUGGUCACCGCUGAGGGGGCGGAUGCACAGGCCUGGCUCCUGGUGAGCUUCGCCCUUCAUCGACCGUCGGGUUGCCGCGCUUCCACGGCUUGGCAGGUCGGUGCUGACGCGGCUAGUGCCAUGCUCAACGCCCUUCCGGUGUUGCCGAGCUGUUUGAGCUGUUGCAGCCCGGUCGCGGAAGAGAGGCUGCAACGGCCGGUUGAAACGGUGCCCGUGUUGCCUGCGUCAUCUUCCCUCCGUUCGCCGAGCAGCGCAUCUCCGCGCCGUAAACGCCAGGUCUCACCCUCUCGGGAAUCACUGGAGCCAGCCCCCGAGCCACCUGUGGCGGUGACAGCGCUGUCGCCGCUCUCGCCAGCAACCGGAACGAGGCCCAGCUGGUUACCCAUGCAGCCGCCCUCGCAGCCGCCCUUGCAGCCGCCCUUGCAGCCGCCCUUGCAGCCGCCCUUGCAGCCGUCCUUGCAGCCGCCCUUGCAGCCGUCCUUGCAGCCGCCCUUGCAGCCACGCAACACGUCGCAGUACGGGACGCCGGCGCCCAACGUCUUCGGUCUGGCACCGGCUGCUCCUGCCAAGCUAUUUGCACCAGCGGCCAACAUGACGCGUGGAAAGAACGUGCUGGGAGCGUUUGCUCAGGGCGAAGGGGGCCCAGAUGGCUCCGCAGGUGACUUUGACGCGCACAGCAUUGCGAGCAUUGCCUGGGGAUUUGCCACCCUGGUGGCCUGGACCAACGUCUAUCACGAGGUCCAUGUCUUUGAGGCGAUCGGCGCCGUGGGGCGCCAGGGCUGGCAUCCACAGGACUUGGCCAAUGUGGCGUGGGGAUCUGCUGUCGUUGCGGUGCCGGUGCCCAUGGCGGAGGUGGCUGUGGAGUCGUUGCGCAAGCUGCCAGACUUCAGGCAAGAAGAAGUGGAAAUGCUUCUGUGGGCCUUGGCUCCCUCCCAGUUGGACAUGGCCAUGGAGAUUCUAAAAGCAACAGAUCAGCAGAGAGCCUCAGGAUCGGCGUUGCCGGGAUUAAAGAAGGGGAUAACCCGGGCCAGGGCGCAUGCCGUCAUCAAGGCACCGGUCCCUCCUUGGCCGCCGUUGGCUCACCGGGUGCAUUUCAAGGAGGGCGCCAUGGACGGCUGGCCAAAGCCCGUGGCGUGCGCCGCGCUGGCCACGGUUCUGGCGUCCAGCGGCGAUCACUUGGCCGCGCAGGGGAAAGUUCCAGGGCUCACCGAGGCACAAACAGGUCUUCGAACCUUCGCCUUGGUCGCCCUGUCCCGUGCCGCCUGGGACGUGCUCCGAAGACGAUGGCAGGGGACGCCGGGAGCGCCCCAAGAGAGCUGCCCCAGGAAAUUGCAGGUCGAGCUCGAGGCGUCCCAUGAGGAGUUACAGAUGGCGAAAUCCGAGUUGGAAGCGGCACAGCUCAAGAUGGAGCACACUGAGGCGCGUCUGAAGCGCUCCGAGACGCUCCGGCAGCAGCUGCAGGGCAGCUUCACUCAGGUGCUGUACCGCCUGGACUCCACGGAACGGAAGGAGUCCAAGCUCCACCAGGAGAUCCUUUGCAUCAUGACCGUCGCCACCGGAGACGAGGGUGCCUCUUCCACUGCUGAGGCUCCACAGGGCUUGGCGCCCAGCACACCGGCAUCUUCGCAGCCCAGUGAUGUGGAGCUGGAGUCUGGGGAGGAACAGUUGGAGGAAAUGGAUGAAGCUGAUGAGGCGGAUGAGGUGGAUGAGGUGGAGGAACCUGCAUCCAAGGAUGACAUAGAAGCCGAUGACGCCGUGGAGCUGCUGGAACCAUCUGAGGUGCCCAGAUCCAAGCGUUCCAGAGAGGCGGAAGCGGAGCCAUCCAAAGUGGAGCCCUUCCAGGCCCUGGACGCUCCCAAGGCUCCCGAGGCUUCCGAGCCUCGACCUCCGGCGGACAGAGAAGUCCUGGAGGCAGAGCCCAAGUCCAAGCGCCGGCGUCGGAGCAGCUCGGAGUGUGGGGUCCAUCUGGUGAUCCGCAGGAGUCUGUAGCUGUCAUCCGCCGUUCCUGGGGGCCACAGGCCGAACCACCUGUGCUGCGUGGGAAAAUGGGAAGGCUGAUGGA